AUGGCUCUGCCGGGACCUGUACAAGACCCGGCCUUGCUUCCCGAGCAGGGUUGCGGCCAACGUCAAGGCCAUGCUCCUGCAAGCACACGUGUCAAGCCGCGCCAGCGGCCGAGCCACACGCACGCCGCAAGACCGACAAUGAACCCAAAAGGACGAGCUGGACUACAGGGCGACCUCGACGACUCUGCCAACCUUUGUAGCGACCACUAUCCGGGCGUCGACCUCCACCGAAACACCCACGCCAACCUCAAGCUUUGCGCGCUGUCCCCUGCCAACCCAGACGUCAAAGCCCACCGCAACAUCUACUCCGCCCUCAGGUCGUCCACAACGACCUAA